UUUCUUCUCUGCCACCGACACGAAAUACCAUCACCGCAUUAACAGGCCGUGUUUUCCAACCAAUGGCAGGCUCAGCACCCGCCACUGCUCCUCGCAUACGUCUCCGUCUUCUCCGAUUUGUUGCAGAAAUUCAGCCCAAACGCGGUGUCCUUUAGUGACCUCACAUCCUGUCCCCCCCCACUUCCUUCCGAAUGGACCGGUUUAGGACGGUCCGAGCGCAGCGUGGAUCCGUGUUGUGUGGGCGCGUGUUGUCACACGUCAGAUCCACAGUGUUGCACGACAGCAGAAGGGCAUGCGAGCAAACUUUUAGUGCAGCGGUUCACUCGCCUGUCUGUGCAACGUCUCGUGCAUUGAUAGAGAGGAGUCGUCGUAGUUGUGACACAAUGCAGACGAGAGAGGUGAAGAUCAUAAACCAGGGUCUGGAGGAUGAGAUGGAGGUGUGGGGUUACCAGCCCUGUCUGUGGAAGAGGAUCCUGGUGGGUGUAGGUGCUGUGUUCUCCGGGGGUCUCCUGCUGCUCCUGCUCUACUGGCUGCCUGAGUGGGGCGUUAAGGGCACCUGCACACACACCUCGCUGAGGAACGCACACACACUUCUGCUCAGGACCACGGAUGAGUUCAAGCAGUGGUUUCGAGCCAAAGUGCAUGUGAUGUCGGCUCCGGGGAAUAAACCCUUUGACAGCUUGGAUCUUCAGUCCACUGCCCAGCUGCCGAACGGAGACGGAGAGCACGGCAUCAGCGCUGAGCGCGUGGAGCAUCGUGGGCAAUUUAGACAACCUGUUCAGAUCCACUACUUCACCCACCACAGCACCAGAUACUACUGGAAUGAUGUGAUACAGAACUUUGAAUUGUACAAAGGCUUGGAGGAUGUGAAGGUGAGCUGUGCGAGCAUCCACUCUGACCACAGCUCUGGACUUUCUAAAACACUGCAGGACUACAGGAGGUUGUUUUUCGGGGAGAAUGAGAUUGCUGUAAGAGUGCCGUCUCUAUUCAAGCUCCUCAUAAAGGAAGUGUUGAAUCCCUUCUACAUCUUCCAGCUCUUCAGUGUCAUCCUUUGGAGUGCUGAGGACUACUACUAUUAUGCCACAGCCAUAGUUUUUAUGUCUGUGAUUUCAAUAGCUACCUCACUGUACACCAUUAAAAACCAAUAUGUGAUGCUGCAUGAUAUGGUGGCAGCACACAGCGUGGUCCGUGUUUCAGUGUGCAGAGGAAGUAAAGAUAUUGAACAGGCCAUGUCAACAGAUCUUGUGCCCGGUGAUGUCAUCAUUAUUCCAGUCAAUGGGAUGAUCAUGCCCUGCGACGCUGUGCUCGUACAUGGGACCUGCAUUGUAAAUGAGAGCAUGUUGACAGGAGAGAGCGUGCCAGUUACCAAGACAAGUCUGCCCAGUUCAGGCGAGGAGGCGUCCAGCAGCUUCAACAUGGAGGAGCAUAAGAGAUACACCCUGUUCUGUGGUACCCACGUCAUUCAGACGCGCUUCUACACUGCAGAGCUGGUGGAGGCUGUUGUAGUCAGAACAGGCUUCAGUACAGAGAAAGGCCAACUUGUGCGCUCCAUCCUCCACCCUAAACCCACAGACUUCAAGCUGUACCGUGACGCUUACCUUUUCUUGUUGUGUCUGGUGGGAGUGGCAGGCAUCGGCUUCAUCUACACCAUCGUCCUCAGUAUCAUGAACAAGGUUCCAGCUAAAACCAUCAUCAUCGAGUCUCUGGACAUCAUCACCAUCACCGUGCCGCCCGCUCUACCGGCAGCCAUGACAGCUGGUAUCGUGUACGCGCAGCGUCGUCUGAAGAGAGUCGGCAUCUUUUGCAUCAGUCCUCAGAGGAUCAACAUGUGCGGUCAACUGAACCUGGUUUGUUUUGACAAGACUGGUACUCUGACAGAAGAUGGUUUGGACCUGUGGGGUGUUCAGUCAGCUGAAGGUGGCAGAUUUUCUCCCCCAGAGGCUGAUGCAGCUAAAGAAAGUCUGGUUAACACUGCAUUUGUGGCCUGCAUGGCUGCCUGCCACUCACUGACCAAGAUCGAGGGCGAGCUCUCCGGAGACCCUCUAGACCUCAAGAUGUUCAGCGCUACAGGCUGGAUCCUAGAGGAGCCCACAGAGGAAGAGACUACACUCCACAAUCCCAUAAUGCCCACAGUGGUGCGACCUCCAAAGCACUCCGUCCCUGAAGCCAACCAGAACAAUCCACUAACUCACAACAUGGAGCUGUCUGCAUUAUCAUCCUGUGAGAUUGGUAUUGUGCGUCAGUUCCCCUUCUCCUCCACCCUGCAGAGGAUGAGUGUGGUGGUCAGGAGGCUGGGUGAAAAACACAUGAAUGCUUACUUGAAAGGAGCACCGGAGGUUGUGGCCAGCCUCUGCAAACAGCACACAGGCCAGACUGACGUGGCUCUGUCACUCUCUUCAGUCCCUCAGAGCUUCACAGAGACUCUGGAGACCUACACCAGGCAGGGCUUCAGGGUUAUUGCCCUGGCACAUCGACAGCUGGAGUCAAAACUCUCCUGGCACAAAGUCCAGAGCCUCAGCAGGGACCUGAUAGAAACCAACAUGGAGUUCCUUGGUUUGGUGAUCAUGCAGAACAAAAUAAAAGAGGAGACAGCUGGGGUUUUACUUGAAUUACGGCAAGCUAACAUCCGCACUUUGAUGGUCACAGGUGACAACAUGUUGACAGCAAUAUCUGUGACUCGAGAUUGUGGGAUGGUGCGCGCACAUGAGCGGGUCAUUAUUGCAGAUGCUGCACCUCCGAAGGAUUUCCACCCUGCUAGUAUCACAUGGCAUGACACUGACAACCCAGCUCAGACCAACAAGGACAAUCAGACUGUGGAGAUAAACCUGGAGGACGGGGUAUAUGACAAGAGAGUUACUGAGCAGGAACAAAGCUAUCACUUUGCUGUGACUGGCAGAGCCUUCGCUGUAAUCACUGAGCACUUCCCUCAACUCGUCCAAAAGCUCGUGCUCAAAGCCACUGUGUUUGCCCGCAUGGCUCCAGACCAGAAGACUCAGCUGGUGGAAGUCUUGCAGGGCAUUGACUACACUGUUGGGAUGUGUGGUGAUGGUGCAAAUGACUGUGGAGCUUUGAAGAGAGCUCACUGUGGGAUCUCUCUGUCUGAGCUAGAGGCUUCUGUUGCUUCACCGUUCACCUCCACCACCUCAAACAUCUCCUGUGUCCCCAACCUUAUCAGAGAGGGCCGAGCUGCCCUCAUAACAUCAUUCUGCGUGUUCAAGUUCAUGGCUCUCUACAGCAUCAUCCAGUACCUCAGUGUCUCUUUGCUCUAUUCGAUUCUCAGCAACUUGGGAGACUUCCAGUUCCUCUUCAUUGACAUCGCCAUCAUUCUCAUCAUUGCCUUCACAAUGAGUCUAAACCCGGCAUGGAAGGAGCUGGUGUGGCACCGCCCGCCCUCCAGUCUGAUAUCCGGCCGGCUGCUCUGCUCAGUUCUGACCCAGAUCCUCACCUGCCUGGUCUUCCAGGUCCUGGCUUUCCUCCUCGUACGACAGCAGAGCUGGUAUGAGACAUGGACGCCUCAGUCAGAUGCCUGUAAUGUUUCCAGCUCCGGUCUCUCUCACAGCCGAAAUGUAACGAGCCCCCACGACCACAAAAACAUCAAGAACUACGAGAACACCACCCUCUUCUACGUCUCCUCCUUCCAGUAUUUGGCUGUAGCCAUCAUUUUCUCCAAAGGAAAGCCCUUCAGACAGCCGAGCUACAAGAACUGGCCGUUCAUGCUGUCCUGUAUCAGUCUGUAUACUUUUGUCCUCCUCAUCAUGCUGUAUCCUGUUCCUGCCAUCGACAGCUUCCUGGAGAUCGUGUGUGUUCCCCAUGACUGGCGCGUUACACUGGUCAUCAUUGUCAUAGUGAAUGCGGCGGUGUCUUUCAUGCUGGAGAUUUUGAUCCUUGACAUCAUCUUGCGGAGGCUAGUUUUCAGAUGCAAUCAGGGGGUAAAUCGCCCCGCAGAGCCCCCCUCUGCUGACACUCCUCAGGAGGCCAAUGAUCGCUGGGGCUCGUUCUUCCUCUCCUGGUUGUUCUGUCUGAGAAACAAGCCCCCGAGGGUGCGCUACAUGCACCUGGCCCUGGAGCUGCAGGACGCCGCCGACUGGCCUCCCAGACACUCCACUGUCACCUACGCCAGCGAUCUACAAUCCCACAUCUCUGCCCCCCUCUGACACCAACGUGACCAACAAGCAAACUACUGCACAGACUAAACCUAAAACCUUAGCUUGAGUUGAGCUCAGAGAUGUGACGGACGCUCGGAUGAUGUGUGUGGGACGUGGAACCCGCAGGAUGCCAGCGACCAAUCCAGGAGCCUCAUAAAGGUGAGGCUUCCUAGUGCAACGAAUGACCGACAUUGUGAGCUCCUCAUACAUGAAGUUCUCUUUUGUUUUGAUUAACUUCAUCAGAAUGAACAGACACUCUGCACUUGUCGCACUGCUGAAACUGGAGCCAGAGGCUUCUGUUAAAGGAAUAGUUCAACACUUUUGGAAAUAUGGAACACCUCUUCGCUCUCUUGCUGAGAAGAGAAGAAAAUUAGCAUAUAUCCCAAAAUGUUAAAGUAUUACUUUAAGAUGACCUGAUGUCUUACUAAGUCAAAUGUUACUACUAGUGCCAUACAAAAUGCUAAAACAACACUUGACAUCAAAUAAGUCUUUUAAUUGUCACCAGCCGUGACAGCAACACAAGGUAUUGUUUUCUCCUUGUGUGUCUCGUCGUGGCAAAAUGUGGUCCUGGAGACACCAGGGCUGCGGUCGAAAAGUCCUUUUUGCUUGACGGUUCCUAACUGAGUGGAAUGACCCGGAACUAUCUAAGUGGCCGCCAUGAUGAGAGCUGUUCGAUGUCUCUAAAUGCUGAGGAAAGGUGCUUCAAUGCUUCCUUACUUAGCUCCUUUGGCAUAGGAAACCCUGGACCAUCCUUUACCAAAGGAAAGUAGAUAAAGCCUCCCCCCAAUUCCUUGCGGUGGCAACAUUUAAAGUGACGCAUCAUUCGGCCGUCCAUGAAAACAAACGUCUUUGCACAUCUUGCCUAUCUUGCACAGGUUUAACAAUUAUUAUCAUAUAAUCAUAAAGUAAUGGGAUUCAUGUUGAUGAAUAUGAAUAGACGGUGACAAUCCUUACGUUUCAUUUCAUAUGCAUUUAUUUACUUCGAACAUUUAACAAAUAAGUAAGAAAACAAAACAAGAAUACAAAAUAUAAUGAACAGUAAAUAUAGCAAACUGUCAAUAAACAAAUUCUCAUUCUCAAUAACAAGAAGCAUCAGUAAAGAAAACAAGAAAACAAGCUAGGCCUAUGAAAAACUAUUAAAAAGACAAAACUAACCAAACAGUUGAAUCCGGUCAUGUUUUGCUUUUUGUAGUCCUCCUUCGUUGUAGUUUCGCCAUCGUAAACCUACGUCGUUGACAUCCACCGUUGCAUAAUAAUGAUGUAGUUUAGUGAAAGUGGAGUCGUUUUUUCUGAGCACUGCGGUUCGUUCUCUUUUCCUAAAUCCUUAUGAAUUCUCCUUCACAUCUUUCCUUGACCCUAUGAUGUUUUCCAUCGAGGUCAAGGAAAAGUGGUUAGGAAUAGAUGUUAGGAGUUAACUUUUAGAUUUUUCGACCGCAGCCCUACUGUAGCAGAAACUGCUACAGAGGCGGUUUUGAGAACUUCUUAUCAACACGAUGGCAUCACAACCGACGGCAAGAAGCAGACAUGAAACUUUACAGGUGUGUAGUUGAGAUCAAAAUAAAGGUCAAGUUCAAAGAAGGGUAGGUGUGAAGUGGGUUAAGCCCCCCCCCCACACACACACACACACUUUACGCCCCUGGCCCAAUUUGGCGUCGUGACUGCUGUGAUCCCAUCGCAGCAUGGUCUCUAGUUUUAAACAUUUUUAAUUACGUGACCCAUUACUUUAUUUAAAAUAUUUCAACCACAUCCAUUUAAGGCCUGAAAGCACUGGAUAAUUAUGUCUGCUUCACUGAAAAUACAAACAUACAAACUAUCUUUAGCUGCUGCUAAAAUCUAAAAGUUGUAAAACAGUUUUAGGUCAUAUGGAUUCUUAGAAACAUGAAACACUUACACAUUUUAGCAAUUUUAUGAACAUAACUGGUACUGUUGUAUUUCUAAGACAGAAAACAUUCCACUGCUGCAGUUCUGUCUUAGAGUUGCUUCGGUUGAAAUUCUUCCUGUGGAAGAGAGAAGCAGAAAUUCUGUGUCCCUUUUUAAAAAUUGUAUUGCCGCUGACUGUGUGUGUGUGUGUGUGUGUGUGUGUGUGUGUGUGUGUGUGUGUGUGUGUGUGUGUGUGUGUGUGUGUGUGGUUGCGUGAAAGACAGAGCAAGAGAGUGCGUCAGUUCAUAAGAAAAUCUAAAUAAUUUGUCCGUUGAUUAUUAUUAUAAAAUAUUUAUGCUCUUUUCCUCAAAAUACGACUUUCUUUGUUUGCAAGGAAACAUAAUUACAGCGUUUAACAUCACUAAGGUACUGUACAUGACUGAUAAUGUUUUGAUUAUUAAAGCAAUAUAAUGAAUCAAUGAGACACUUGCUGCUGUGUUUUAUAACAGUUGAUUUUAACGUUUGAUUUGUAUAUAUUUUUAUGUAACUAAAAAUGAAAUAAAUGUGAAAUAUGACAAUUA